AACAACAGGGAACGUCAAUUCCUAUGUUUAUUUUUUUAACAGCGAAAAUUUUCAUGUUCUUUUGUAUGGGUUGGUUGAUGAAGUAAAGGAUUAAAAUUGUAAUAAGGAUAGCUGAGAAAUAUUAAAAAGAUUUCAAUAUGCUUAAUGAAGAAGCGGAAAUAAAAGCGCAAAAAAUAGCAGCUGCUAAAAAAAAGUUAAGGGAAUAUCAAUUGAGAACUGCAGCAGAAGCGGCUAAAAAUGCAAGCGGCUCAAGUAGUAUAUCUGAGAAAUCGAACUCUGAAUUAAGUUUAAAUGGUCAAGUUAAUGCCGAGGACAAUAAUGCGACUCCACAAACAGAAGUUAACACAAACAAUGCAUUCGUCAACGCGUUACAACAAAGAUUCACACAGCCUAUUGAAGCUACUCCGAAUGCUGCCUCAUAUUUUAAUGCUGUACCUGUAAACGUUACAGACAGUUUUCCUGCUUAUACUGCAUCAGUAGCAUCAGAGCAACAGGCCAAUAAUCAAUAUAAUGUUAAUGCAAUACAAUUGUUAAUACAGGAAAAAUCUCAAUUGACUACAGAACUUAAUAAAUAUAAAACAGUUUGUCGAGAAAAGGAUUUAGAGCUAGAGGAAUUGGGAGUCCAAUUAAGCAACAUUUCAAAACGCCAAGAUGAGUUACAGAAACGUGUUAUGCAAGAACAUCAAACUGUUGAGAAAACAGAGCGUCAGAAUGCAGAGUUAAUGCACAAAUACUCACUUCUAAAUGCUGAUCAUGAAGAACAAGUAGCACAUUUGGACGAACUGAGACGUCAAUUGGCCGCAAUGCAAACUCAAAACACUGAAUUAACGCAACAGUUUAAAGAGAAAUGUAAUGAAAAUGAAAUGGCGCAAAUACGAAUAAGACAAUUGUCCGAUGAAGCUAACGUUAGUAAGGAUAACCGUGUUGAGACCCUAACUCAAACCCAAUUCAUGUACGAGCAACAAAUAAGAGACUUACAGGCGAUGGUGCAGCAACUCACACAGGACAAGGAACAAGCAAAUUUGCAAUAUCAAAAUUAUGUUCAACAUUUAAACACGGAAGUAACCAAAUUGAAUGAGAAGAACACUGAACUAGUAAAUGAACAUCAAAGACUACAGGAACGAGAGCGUCAACUUGUGGAACACAUCAGCGGUCUUGAGCGUGAUAUACAAAAAAAUAUCAGCCGUCAGCAAGAACAAUUACGAAUGAAACAGGAUCAAGAAAACGUUGAAAACUUACAAAGGGAAUCUAACGAUGAAAUUGAAAAAUUAAAGGAAACAAUAAGUGAUUUCGACAGUGAACGCCAUGAAUUUCAAUUAAAAAUAAAAUCACAGGAAGAUCGUUUGGACAUGCUUAAUAACCAAUUAAGUCAAAAAAAUAGUGAAAUCGAAAACCUAACGGAACAGUUUGAAAGAGUUUCUGUUGAACAGCCAGAUAAGGAGAAAUUACUUGCCACAAUGGAAUCCGAUAAAGUAGCUGCUUCAAGAGCUCUUUCACAAAAUAUCGAACUAAAGAAACAAUUGGAUGAAUUAGAAUUACGUUUUGUGCAAUUAACUAAUGAUAAAGCUGAAUUGAUGAAUAAACUCGAUUCUGAAGAAUAUGCAAAUCGUGAAAUGCGUUUAAAUUAUAACACGAUGGAGGAUCGUAUACAUACAAUGGACGAACGUUUUAAAUUUAAAGAUGACGAAAUGAUACGUUUAUCCCAUGAGAAUGUGGAAAUUAUUAGAAUAAAUGUAAUGUUGAAACACCAGUUAAAAAAAUUUUUACACACACCGACGGAGUCUACAAUGAACUCUAAUGAAAAUGUGCACAUGGAUGCAAUGCGAGAGUUAAACCAUGAACAUACAGAAGAAAAAGGACAUAAGCAUAAACAUGAUUGUUCACAUCAUGAGCAUGACCACUCGCACGAUCAUGACCAUUCACACGAUUAUGAUCAUAUGCACGAUCAUGAACACUCACACGAUCACGACUACUCACACGAUCAUGGCCUCACGCAUGAUAAUGAGCAUUCGGAAGAGCAUAAUCCCUCGCAUAUUCAUAGUCAUUCGCAUGAACACGAAUGUAGUGAAGAACAGACUUUUGAAAAAUUACAACGAUAUGCAAAUGUCGAUCACAAAACUUAUAAAUAUUCCGAAAGUGACUCAUGUCAAGAAGCACAAGAGGAUUAUAACGAUAACAAACGCUUCGAGCAGCAGAACAUCUAUACGUAUUCACGUAAAAAUAUUGAUGCAAAUAUGCCGCAUAUAGCCACAGCAGACGCAAUAGAAAAAUUACAACAGCGAUUUACACAACUAAUGUCACAAGUUGCCGAUCUUACGGAUGAAAAGCAACGUUUGGAGCAUUUAGUAUUACAACUGCAAGGUGAAACAGAAACAAUAGGAGAAUAUAUAACACUCUAUCAAACCCAACGGCGGAUUCUUAAACAGCGUGAAUAUGAAAAGGCGGCACAAAUGAAAUUGCUGCAGAUAGAGCGCGAACAAUUACGAGAAAAAAUAUCUGCCUUGAAUAAUUUAGUUAGCAGUUUAAAUGUUGAAUUACCAAAAACCUUAGUUUUGAAAAAUCAUUUGAAUACCUCAUUGGGAGAAAAUAUUACAGAUGAUUCUAACAUAAAUGAAUCAUCGCAACAUCCAGCGGUAGCUCCAGACCAAGUGAAGUUGCAAAAUGAUUUAUAUUUAAAUGUAAAUGCGUCUAACAACAAAAUAAAUUCACAGAAUUCGCAACAGAUUAUAUCGAAAAUUCAAGAUAUAAUACAAGAUAUAGAAGAAAAUACGAAGGAUGUUCCAAUGAUAGCCCCACAACCAACAGUGGAUCAUUUAAACUGUUGUUUGGGUAAAUUUGAAGUUGUUUAAAAAUACAUAACUGUUAUUCUUUAAGUGUAUAUAAAUAAGGCAAACACAAUAUAUUUAAAAAACCCCCAUCAAUUUAAAAUUGUUAAAUGCUUUGUUAAA